UAGGGUGCGGUGUGGCAGGUGCCUGUUGGCGUCUGCGUCUGCCUGCCCCUGCGCCCACUCCACUCCACCAGCCCAGCAGCACCAACCUCCCUACCCCUGCUCUCCCCCCUCCAUUCGCUUCCCCUUGCUGCCCGGUAGGAGUACUAGAUUAGAGAUAGGCGGGCGGGCGGGUGGGAUUGAUUUUGAUUGAUCGCCUUCCUUCUCGGGGGCGGGCUCCGUUCUGCUGCGGCGGCGUGGGGGGCGUGGUGUGGUGCGGCGUCGAGGCGGGGAAAUUCCGCUGCGGGCUGGUUCGGUCUUCUCCGUCUCCGCCGUCGUCGUCUUGGCCGGAGCGAAUCUGCGGCCUGCGGGGGGUAUGGAGACCGGGGCGCGGUGGCGGUGGUGGGCGGUGGCCGUCGCCGGCGUGCUCUGCGCGGUCCUGCCGCCGGCCGCCGCCACGCUCUCUCCCACCGGCAUCAACUACGAAGUGGUGGCGCUCAUGGCCAUCAAGACGGAGCUGCAGGACCACUACAACGUGCUCGACAACUGGGACAUCAACUCCGUCGACCCCUGCAGCUGGAGGAUGGUCACCUGCUCCUCCGACGGCUACGUCUCAGCGCUUGGUCUGCCCAGCCAACGCCUGUCUGGUAAACUGUCGCCCGGCAUCGGGAACCUCACCAGGCUGCAAUCUGUGCUAUUGCAGAACAACGCGAUUUCUGGCACUAUUCCUAGCACCAUAGGCAGGCUGGGGAUGCUCCAGACGCUCGACAUGUCAGACAAUCAUCUCACCGGGAGCAUCCCGACUUCACUCGGCGAUCUCAAGAACCUCAACUAUCUGAAAUUGAAUAACAACAGUUUAUCUGGAGUUUUACCUGAAUCACUGGCCACCAUUAAUGGCCUUGCACUUGUAGACCUUUCGUUUAACAACCUGAGCGGUCCCGUGCCAAAGAUUUCUGCAAGAACUUUCAGCAUUGCUGGAAAUUCAAUGAUCUGUGGUGUCAAGUCUGGAGACAAUUGCUCAUCCGUGUCGCUGGACCCGCUUUCUUAUCCACCAGAUGACCUUAAGAUUCAGCCACAACAAUCCAUGUCAAGAAGUCACCGUAUUGCUAUCAUCUGUGGAGCAACCGUGGGUUCUGUAGCGUUUGUCGCUAUCAUGGUCGGUAUGCUUCUUUGGUGGAGGCACAGGCGUAAUCAGCAGAUAUUUUUUGAUGUAAAUGCUACAGAUCAAUAUGACCCAGAAGUAUGCUUGGGCCAUCUGAAAAAGUACACCUUCAAGGAGCUUCGAGCAUCUACCAACAAUUUCAACUCAAAAAACAUAUUAGGUGAAGGUGGAUAUGGAAUAGUAUACAAGGGUUUCUUACGUGAUGGUUCAAUUGUUGCUGUUAAAAGACUGAAAGACUACAAUGCUGUCGGUGGGGAAGUUCAGUUUCAAACUGAAGUUGAAGUCAUAAGCUUAGCUGUUCAUCGGAAUCUCCUACGUCUCAUAGGAUUUUGCACUACGGAGUGCGAGAGAUUACUUGUCUAUCCUUAUAUGCCAAAUGGAAGUGUUGCUUCUCAAUUGCGUGAGCAUAUAAAUGGCAAGCCAGCUCUAGAUUGGUCGAGGAGAAAGAUGAUAGCACUGGGUACAGCGAGAGGGCUGCUUUAUUUGCAUGAACAGUGUGAUCCAAAAAUAAUCCAUCGUGAUGUAAAAGCCUCCAAUGUGCUUCUUGAUGAAUAUUUUGAAGCAAUUGUGGGAGAUUUCGGACUGGCAAAACUUUUGGAUCACCAGGAGACCCAUGUUACCACAGCAGUGCGUGGUACUGUGGGGCACAUAGCUCCAGAGUAUUUGUCAACUGGGCAGUCAUCGGAGAAGACAGAUGUUUUUGGGUUUGGAGUCCUGUUGGUUGAGUUGAUCACUGGCCAGAAAGCAUUAGAUUUUGGAAGACUAGCAAAUCAGAAGGGCGGAGUGCUUGAUUUGGUAAAGAAGCUCCAUCAGGAAAAGCAGCUGAACAUGAUGGUGGACAAAGAUCUGGGCAGCAACUACGACAGGGUGGAGCUGGAGGAGAUGGUGCAGGUGGCCCUGCUGUGCACGCAGUACUACCCGUCCCACCGCCCCAGGAUGUCGGAGGUGAUCCGGAUGCUGGAGGGGGACGGGCUCGCGGAGAAAUGGGAGGCGUCGCAGAACGUCGACACGCCAAAGUCCGUCUCGUCGGAGCUCCUGCCCCUGAAGUUCACCGAUUUCGCCGGGGCGGACGAGUCCUCGGUCGGCCUCGAGGCCAUGGAGCUCUCCGGACCAAGGUGACCGACGACGGCGACCGACUUGAUCGCGCAGAUGCUUGCUUGUGUCUCAAUGGCUAUUGCAUUCGAUUAGCCUCGGAGAGCCUGGGCAAAGGGAGAGGUGACAUUUUUUUUCCAUGUUGGAUAGGGUAAGGGUAGGGGUGGUGGCAUUCAUUUGUACAUACGGGCAUGGUCAUUGUGUAUUGCGUGAGCUGAGCUCGGCCCAUCGUUGCUGCUCAUGUACAUGUAGGCUAAGAGAGAAGAGAAGAGAUGAGAUGAGUUGAGUAAAUAUAGAAAGGAAAAUUUUCCAUUAGUCAGAUA